ACAUUUUUUCAUAUUCACUUCAGCAGCAAAUACACAACUUGAUUUACCGUUCAGAAAUGUCUGAUAUUUAUGCAGGUUUUAUCACAGAGGUCACAGACCGGAGGCUGUGCUGUAUUUUUUCUUUUUUGAUGCAAAGAUGUUUUUCUCAAAACGGGGACGUGUGCGCGCGCGCGUGGCUGAGAGGCGGGCGGUGACUGCCGGUGCAGCAGUCAGCGGCUCCCCUCCUCCGGCAGCAGACGGCGGCCCAUCCCUCCGUCUGCAUCUCCUGCUUUCUUCUCCUCCCUCGCUCAUCUCGCGUCAGAAGAAAUGUCUGCCAGACAGGGCUUCUACCGGCAGGAGCUGAACAAGACGGUGUGGGAGGUUCCGGAGCGGUACCAGAACCUGACGCCGGUGGGCUCCGGAGCCUACGGAUCCGUGUGCUCGGCGUACGACGUGGUCCUGAGGCAGAAGGUGGCGGUGAAGAAGCUCUCCAGGCCUUUUCAGUCCCUCAUCCACGGCCGCCGCUCGUACCGCGAGCUCAGGCUGCUCAAACACAUGAAACACGAGAACGUCAUCGGGCUGCUGGACGUCUUCACUCCAGCUGCAGCAUUAGAAGACUUCAACGAGCUCUACCUGGUGACGAACCUGAUGGGAGCAGACCUCAACAACAUCGUCAAGUUUCAGAGGCUUUCCGACGAGCAUGUGCAGUUCCUCAUUUACCAGCUGCUCCGCGGACUGAAGUACAUCCACUCAGCAGGACUGAUCCACAGAGACCUCAAACCCAGUAAUGUCGCGGUGAAUGAAGACUGCGAGCUGAGGAUCCUUGACUUUGGAUUAGCCCGACAGACGGACGACGAGAUGACCGGGUACGUGGCGACUCGCUGGUAUCGAGCGCCUGAGAUCAUGCUGAACUGGAUGCACUACAAUCAGAACGUUGAUAUUUGGUCUGUGGGAUGCAUUAUGGGAGAGCUGCUGAAAGGCAAAGUCCUUUUUCCUGGAACGGACUACAUCGAUCAGCUGAAGAGAAUCAUGGAGGUGGUUGGCACUCCCACCCAAGACCUCCUGAAGAAGAUCUGCUCUGAGCAUGCGCAGAAGUACAUCCAGUCCCUGCCUUUUAUGCCCCAGCAGGACCUGGCAAAGAUCUUCAGAGGGGCGAACCCCCUGGCCGUUGAUUUACUGAAGCGCAUGCUGGUUCUGGAUUGCGAUGGGAGGAUCUCGGCUAGUGAAGCUCUGUCCCACCCGUACUUCUCCCAGUACCACGAUCCCGAGGAUGAGCCAGAGGCUCCGCCUUAUGACCAAACGCCGGAGAGCAAGGACCGAACUCUGGAAGAAUGGAAAGAGUUGGUUUUUGAAGAAGUGAACAGCUUUCUAACACCUGGCAGUAAGACGGACAGCCUUCAGGUGGAGCAGUGAACUUCAGCUCUGCCUUAUUCUCCUCCUGAAGAAGAACCUCUUAUACUUAGUGAGUGAAGGAAGGACUUGGAGACGCCGGUCUUGGACUGAUUUGACUUGAUUGAAGCAUCACGGAGCAAAAGUCUAUGUGGAACCAGAUGAAUACAGGAUGGAUUUCAGAAUUAAGGACCUCUGCCCUACUGACACUGGCAUCCUGUUGUGUUUCCGCUCAGACACACACACACACACAAAAAGGAACUGCCCCACAUCAGGGACAGCAGAGGAUGUGAGGAUUCGUAUAAGGGGAGAAACAUAUAAGGCAGCUGUGUAAAACAUGUGAAAGGAGGGUACUGAAGGGAAACAUUGCACUCCUGGAUUUUCAAAGCAACAGGGAACCUUUGUUAUUCCUUUUCAACGUCAGAAACGCUUAGUCAUGUUUAAAGGCUCAAAGUGAUGCCACCUCACAUCACAGAUGAUCCUAUCAGCUUAGCUCAGUGUUCCUCCCUCCAGGUCCUCGAGAGCCGCCACCCUGCCUGUUUUCCAGCUCUCUGUGUACUGCUUGCUGCUGAUUACCUGGACCAGGUGUGUUCAUUCAAUCAGAAUGUGGAGACAUCUGAAGGAGAUAAUCAGCAUCUGGCAGGACUUGGAGAUCUGGAAAGCAGGCAGGGUGGUGGCUCUCGAGGACCUGGAGUGAGGAACACUGGCUUAGCUUGCCUACUGCUGAUGCAUGACUUCAGUGCAUUUAACUGUUUUACAUACUACUGGUAACUGUAUCACAAUAAUAAAAGGUUCAUUAAUUGUUAUUAAACAUUAUUAAGAAGGAAAGAGACGGGCACAAAUGGAAAAUGGACCAAACUCAUGUGCAGACUAUGAUUUUGUACGUACAUACAAGCUACCUAACAUUGUAUUCUCUGCUGCCUACAAAAUAAACCCCAAACUCUGCUAUUUAUUAACAAGCUAAUCAAUCACAUCUAUGCCAAAGCUGGUAACAGAGUGUCAGGAAUGAAGGCUUUAGUUCUCAUUAUUCUUCUGCUUGUGGUUUAGUUUCUGGAUGAUCAGGAACCCGUUGGCUUUGGCAGAACCUGUCAUGUUUUUAUGUUUGUCUUUGCUCUAACGGCCUAUUGGCUUGUUUACAAAAUGAAAGUUACAGAAAUCUAGAGCUGUUCUAUCUAAUGCUGGAAUCAAAUAGUCUUACACAACUUGUAGCUCCAUCAAAGCAAGAACUGACCAAAAACCACAGGCUGUUGAGUCAUACUAGGUGACUUUAUGUAGCCAUUUGGCAAAAAAUAAAAAAAUAAAAAUAAAAACGUUGUUCUUUCACGAGUUUCUGCAAAUUUGAUGUAGCAUUGUUAUCCACAAGAAAACUUGGUGAAGGUCAAGAGAAACAUCAAGUGUUUCCUAUAGGAGGGGACAACAUUGUUGCUACUCUUCUGUUAAGACGACAUUACAGCGGUUGCUCAAAUAACCUGAAAUUCAAAAAAGUAGUUUAAUAAAUAAAUAGUUUACAUAAACAUUUCACAGAAAAUCAGUUGUUCUUCAAAAGAGCCAUUAAAUGAACACAAACUUUUGAUUCGGGCAUUGACAAAAAUGAUAGCACCACUACACAAUGUUUUGUUACCCAACUUCCUCAAUUUUCAACAAAAUGAUGCAGCAAUCAACAGGUACUUUGACCCCAUGAGUAAACUGUUGUAGUUAUCUCAGGUUUGAAGGAGGAUUUCAGCUAGCAAAUGGCUAGCUAACAUGCUAACUCUUAGCUUACCUUUAGCCUCGCUAGCUAACCUGAAAUUCAAGCAGCUGUCACGCUAAGGAACUAUAAUUUAACAGAACGCGGUAUUUCAAGCACAUUUAAAGGUUUCUGUGAGAUGCGGACUAAAAUGAAACAAAACACUUUGGAUUUGAGUAACAGUUAGAUGUUAACAUUUUUUACAGUUAUGCUAAUUCAGUUUGGGCUAUGAAGUUUAAACUGAUGAGUUAGGCUUUCCUUUGCUAUGACUUUUCUUUAACUGAAUAAUAAACUCACUCCCCAGUAGUCUAAUAGUUCUUGAAGAAUGUGAGAAAAAACUCAGUUUGGAUUUUUUCUGCAUUUGUUUCAUACUGGAAUGCUACGUGUAGCCAGCUUGUGUGUGAGCUGUCUGUUUACUAAUGCAAAAAAAAAAAAAAAAAAAAACAAUAACUAAAAACCCAAGUGCAUCCGAAGUGUCCUGGUGAGAGUGUUUUAGAGCUCUGAAUGUUAAAGUAUUGUGUGCUUGUUGAUGUUGUACAUGUGGUGGAAAUGAUGUUACAUGGUGAUGCGACUAAAUGUUGGCAUGUGAAUCUGUUUCUGAAACGAAUGUCGACUCUCAGUUUGUAAAUGAUGCUGUUUUUCAACAGAAAAGAUCUGCGGGUUCUUUUUCAACUAAACAUUGACAUAUUUCA